AUGGAACCAGCAUCCUACCGGUGUGAGAUGCCAGUGGGGGCCAUCACCUGGGGACCCAGCGUCCCGCUGGUGCUGCUGGCCACGGGGCCAUCCCGGAGGGGCGAUGGCAGCGCUCGAGCCCUUCCCAGCGUUGCCCAAUUUGGGAUUUCUGCCCGGGAAUGCCACGCUGAUCUCACGGUGACGCAAGAGGGGCACGGCCGGGGGGUGCCCGCUCGCCGGGACGCCCCUGCCCGAGCUGCGGGCUCGGAGUGCCCGUGCUGCCACGGGCACACGUGGAGCGCAGGAGGAAGUGCGGCCGGGAGCGGCAGGAGGAAGGAGCGCGCCUGGAGUUUCCAGGGCUGGCUGGCCGCGCUGGCCCUGCUGGCAGCCCUGGCGCAGUGCCGGGGGCUGCGGCGCCCCGGGCACUCCGCCGUGCGCUGCUACAGCGGGGCCGAGCUGGGUGACGAGGGCCCGGCGCAGCUGCUGGGCCGCCGCCUGCGCUGGGCCCGGCACGUCCCGGUGCAGCUGGUGCCUCCAGCCCCCGCCGCCUGCCCCGCGCUGCCGCUGCGCGCCGCGCUCCGCAGCGAGCCCCACGAGCGCUCCAUCUCGCCGUGGCGAUACCGCAUCGACGAGGACGAGAACCGCUACCCGCGCAAGCUGGCCUUCGCCGAGUGCCUGUGCAGCGGCUGCGUGGACGUGAAAACCGGCCGGGAGACCACGUCGCUCAACUCGGUGACCAUCCAGCAGAGCAUGCUGGUGCUGCGGCGCAAGCCGUGCCCGCGGCCCGCGGGGCCGGGGCUGGUGGCGCUGGAGGUGGAUUCCAUCCGAGUGCCCGUGGGCUGCACCUGCGUCCUGCCCCGCACGGCGCGCUGAGCCCGCCCCGGGCACCGUGCCACCCCGCCCGUGCUUG